CCUACCUUUCUUGAACAAUUCCUUAGUCCACGUUUUGUCUCAUUUUGUUCAUUCCAUUGUUAUUCUUUUCCAUUUAUUAUUCUUUUCCAUUUAUUAUUCUUUUCUACUAUAGAAAAUUCAUCUAUUAUAGUAUCCAAAAUCUCCAAUAUUGACUACCCCAAGCAAAAGGGUGGAACAGAGGAUGUUUGGUUGGCAUGAAGCGUUAACAGCGGCGAUUUUUGCCGGAGUUACGGUGAUUAUUUUCAUAAUAUUAUUAAUAAUCCGGCGAAAGCGGCUUUGUAAUCAAAGAAAUAUUGAGCUUGAUCAACAACAAGUAGCAGCUGCAACAACAACAACAACAACAACAACAACAACAACAACAACAACAACAACAACAACAACAGAGGCGAAAUCGAUGCCGGUUUUACAAAUAGAAGCAAUAAACAGUAAACGAAGGCUAAGUUCUCAUUUGUUUCAGCGUGGGGCAUCGACAAAGUCUUUCUUUAAGUGGGCUGAUCAUCCAGCAUUAAUCACAGACGCGGCUGAGAACGGAUGGUCACGAUUUGCCUUUACCACCUACGCCUACGUGUCGUCAUUUCCCUGUGUUAAAUCAUCUUUGUUUGCAAGUCUCCGUGUAACAGGGGAUUAUUACAAUUCUAGAGAAAGCACAAGUAGUAAUACGGCUACUAUUAAUCAGGUGGAAGAGAGUUGGGAAAUUGGUUCAGGAUCAAUGGAGUUGAUGCAAAAGAUUUCCUUUAAAAUAAUUAAUGUAAAUACAUCUUCGGCGGCAAAAGCGGCCGUCAGGAUGGCUCUUCCGCUUCCGGGGCCAUCAGUAGUUCAGUCGUUCCCACAGGAGGCGUAUUUCGAGAUAAAUGUUUUGAAUUCAAAUCAAGUUAGUGGCAAGUUUAAGAAUGAAGGGGAAAAAACGAAGCUGCUGAUUGAAAGGAAUGUUUCGUCUUCUGCCAGUGCUAGGAAUAGGAUGAGUAGAAUUCAACAAGGGUUGUUUCAUGUGACCAGUAGCCGUGGGUCUCACUUGCUAGAGGAGUUGAAAACCGGUGUAGCUGCUCGAAGAGGCGGCGGAAGUGGUGUCAACAUGUCUAUAGGACUCAGUGUUGGAGGGUUUUUAACCACUAGGAUGCCGGGAACCUAUCCUGCCUCUAUUGGUUUCAACUCUGAUGGUUCUGUUUUUCUUGCUGGAAUGAAACUAGUGUUUGAAUCUGAAAAAGAAGAUUGGGCUAAAACUGGAAAGGUGAUAGGUUGCGGAUACGAUCCAAGGAAAAAGAAGGUAUACUUGACAGUAGACUCAGAGCUGGUACAUGAGAUACAUUGCACGGCAGAGGAAUUUGGGAUGCCAUUAUACCCAGUCUUAGCUACAAACAUAGACAUAACAGUGCUUGUGAAUUUAGGCCAAAGCAGCUUCAAUUACCCACCUGCAAAUGCACAAAGGACUUCCAAUCCCUGCUUCAUUAGCCCUGUUGUAAAUUCAUCAACAGCAAUGUUGGGUUACGAGGACAGCAGAGAGUUGUUCUCCAUGGGAAGAAUUGAUGCAGAAUGGCUUAGUCAUAGUUCAACAAAUAAAAGUACAGUUAGUUAUAGUAGUGAUGUUUACAGCAACACUAGAAUUAGCAAGAUGGACGACUAUGAGGACGAGCCAGAGGCUGAAUUUAUUGAAAUUGUUUUUGAUAGGACUGGAAACUGACUUGGGAUAAUAUAUGGAAGGAUCACAAAUUCACAA